UCUCUAUCACACUGAGACUGAGACGGAGAGAGAGAAAGCCAAACCCCCCAAAACCCUAGAAAUCUCGAACCGCCAUUGAAGCUCCACAAAGCUUCACCGCGGCAGGAACGCCAACGGCGUUACCUCUCUACGCCUCUCUACGCCUCUCUCGCCAUCCUUUAGUCUCCCCACACCGUAACCAAUCGGCUAGGGUUUUCUAGUUUAAGGCUCGAUUUAGUUUCUGGUUCCUAGGAUGUGGAACAACGGCCAGAUUGUGCCGCCCGGCACUGGUGGCUCGUCGAUUCCGCCACCGCCCGCGGCUCAGCCCUCUUAUACGGUGUUGCCGCCUCCGGCAGAUGCCGAGGCCGUGCUCGAAGAGAAGGCUCGUAAAUGGCAGCAACUCAAUUCCAAACGGUACAGCGACAAGCGCAAGUUUGGCUUCGUCGAGACGCAGAAAGAGGACAUGCCUCCUGAGCAUGUCAGGAAGAUCAUUAGAGACCAUGGGGACAUGUCCUCGAAGAAAUUCCGUCACGAUAAACGCGUGUAUCUAGGAGCACUUAAAUUUGUUCCGCAUGCAGUUUACAAGCUUCUUGAGAAUAUGCCAAUGCCCUGGGAGCAGGUCCGUGAUGUGAAGGUUCUGUACCAUAUAACUGGGGCAAUUACAUUUGUGAAUGAGAUACCUUGGGUUGUUGAACCUAUAUAUCUGGCUCAGUGGGGUUCAAUGUGGAUUAUGAUGAGAAGGGAGAAGAGGGAUCGUCGACAUUUUAAAAGAAUGCGGUUUCCACCUUUUGAUGAUGAGGAACCUCCAUUAGAUUAUGCUGAUAAUCUGUUAGAUGUUGAUCCUCUAGAGCCAAUUCAACUGGAGUUGGAUGAAGACGAAGAUUCUGCUGUUUAUACUUGGUUUUAUGACCAUAAACCUCUAGUCAAGACAAAACUCAUUAACGGUCCAAGUUACCGGAAAUGGCAUCUUUCCCUUCCAAUUAUGGCAACUCUCCACCGGCUUGCAGGACAGCUACUAUCUGAUUUGAUAGACCGCAAUUAUUUCUACUUGUUUGACAUGGAGUCUUUCUUUACAGCGAAAGCACUCAAUAUGUGCAUUCCAGGUGGGCCUAAGUUUGAACCAUUGUAUCGGGAUAUGGAGAAAGGGGAUGAGGACUGGAAUGAGUUUAAUGACAUUAACAAGCUGAUUAUUCGGUCACCUCUCAGAACAGAGUACAGAAUUGCGUUCCCUCAUCUCUACAACAAUAGACCCAGGAAGGUAAAGCUCUGUGUGUAUCACACACCCAUGGUUAUGUACAUAAAAACUGAGGAUCCUGAUCUACCUGCAUUUUAUUAUGAUCCCUUGAUACACCCAAUCCCCAGCACAAACAAGGAGCGACGUGAAAAGAAGAUUGAUGAGGAUGAUGGCACUUUCAUACUGCCAGAAGGGGUAGAACCAUUUCUGAGUGAUACUCAGCUUUAUACUGACACAACAGCAGCUGGAGUUUCCCUCUUGUUUGCACCACGCCCCUUUAACAUGAGAUCUGGGCGGACUCGCCGUGCAGAAGAUAUACCUCUUGUGUCAGAGUGGUAUAAAGAGCAUUGUCCUCCGUCCUAUCCAGUGAAAGUGCGGGUCAGCUAUCAGAAAUUGUUAAAAUGUUUUGUGUUGAACGAGUUGCAUCAUAGACCACCCAAGGCUCAAAAGAAGAAGCACUUGUUUCGAUCACUUCAAGCUACUAAGUUCUUCCAAACUACAGAACUUGAUUGGGCUGAAGCGGGUCUUCAAGUCUGCAAGCAGGGUUAUAACAUGCUAAAUCUCUUGAUCCACAGGAAAAAUUUGAAUUACCUUCACCUUGAUUAUAAUUUCAAUCUGAAGCCUGUGAAAACCCUGACAACUAAAGAGCGUAAAAAGUCCCGGUUUGGUAAUGCUUUUCAUCUUUGCCGUGAGAUCUUGCGGUUGACAAAGCUGGUAGUUGAUGCCAACAUCCAGUUCCGUUUGGGUAAUGUCGAUGCCUUUCAAUUGGCUGAUGGCCUGCAGUACACUUUCUCUCAUGUUGGCCAGUUGACUGGUAUGUAUCGUUACAAAUACAGGUUGAUGCGUCAGAUUAGAAUGUGCAAAGAUCUGAAGCACUUGAUUUACUACCGUUUCAACACGGGACCAGUUGGGAAAGGACCUGGAUGUGGAUUCUGGGCGCCGAUGUGGAGGGUUUGGUUGUUCUUCCUUCGUGGCAUAGUUCCUCUUUUGGAACGGUGGUUGGGAAAUUUACUUGCACGGCAAUUUGAAGGGCGCCAUUCAAAAGGAGUGGCAAAAACUGUAACUAAGCAGCGUGUGGAAAGCCAUUUUGAUUUGGAGCUUCGAGCUGCUGUCAUGCAUGAUGUUCUUGAUGCGAUGCCUGAGGGAAUCAAGCAAAAUAAGGCCAGAACUAUAUUGCAACAUCUCAGUGAGGCAUGGCGUUGCUGGAAAGCAAAUAUUCCUUGGAAGGUACCUGGUUUGCCAGUUCCCAUUGAGAAUAUGAUUCUUCGUUAUGUCAAGUCAAAGGCAGACUGGUGGACAAAUGUGGCUCAUUACAAUCGUGAACGUAUAAGAAGAGGUGCUACAGUAGAUAAGACAGUUUGUCGGAAGAAUCUUGGAAGAUUAACACGCCUUUGGCUGAAGGCAGAGCAGGAACGACAACACAAUUAUCUCAAAGAUGGCCCAUAUGUUACACCAGAGGAGGCAGUUGCAAUUUACACGACAACUGUGCAUUGGUUGGAGUCAAGAAAGUUCAGCCCCAUCCCAUUUCCUCCGUUGUCGUACAAGCAUGAUACCAAGCUACUCAUCCUUGCUCUGGAGAGGUUGAAGGAAUCAUAUAGUGUUGCUGUGAGACUGAAUCAGCUUCAAAGAGAAGAGCUUGGUCUUAUUGAACAAGCCUAUGAUAACCCGCAUGAAGCAUUGUCACGAAUUAAGCGUCACUUACUCACUCAGCGUGCCUUCAAAGAAGUUGGCAUAGAGUUCAUGGAUUUGUACAGCUAUCUCAUUCCAGUCUAUGAGAUUGAACCUCUUGAGAAGAUUACAGAUGCAUAUCUCGAUCAAUAUCUAUGGUAUGAGGGUGACAAACGUCAUCUCUUCCCGAACUGGAUCAAGCCUGCAGAUUCGGAGCCGCCUCCACUCUUGGUUUAUAAAUGGUGUCAGGGAAUAAACAAUUUACAGAGUAUCUGGGACACGAGUGACGGGCAGUGUGUUGUCAUGCUUCAGACCAAGUUUGAGAAGUUCUUUGAAAAGAUUGACUUGACAAUGCUAAAUAGGCUUCUACGUCUAGUUCUUGAUCAUAAUAUCGCUGAUUAUGUCACUGCGAAGAACAAUGUGGUAUUGUCCUACAAGGAUAUGAGUCAUACAAAUUCGUAUGGUCUUAUUCGCGGUCUUCAGUUUGCAUCCUUUGUUGUACAGUAUUAUGGGCUUGUGUUGGAUCUAUUGCUUCUUGGAUUGACUCGAGCCAGUGAGAUUGCUGGUCCACCCCAGAUGCCAAAUGAGUUCAUCACUUAUUGGGACACAAAGGUCGAGACCCGGCAUCCUAUCAGGCUGUACUCUCGAUACAUAGACAGGGUGCACAUCUUGUUCCGCUUCACUCAUGAGGAAGCUCGGGAUCUUAUCCAGCGAUAUCUCACUGAACAUCCUGAUCCUAAUAAUGAGAAUAUGGUGGGAUAUAACAACAAGAAGUGCUGGCCAAGAGAUGCCAGAAUGAGGCUCAUGAAACAUGAUGUCAAUCUUGGAAGGAGUGUUUUCUGGGAUAUGAAAAACCGUCUCCCUCGAAGCAUCACAACUUUAGAGUGGGAGAACAGCUUUGUUUCUGUUUACAGCAAGGAUAAUCCAAAUUUGCUCUUCAGCAUGUGUGGAUUUGAGGUUCGGAUACUUCCCAAGAUAAGAAUGAGCCAAGAGGCAUUCAGCAACACAAGAGAUGGAGUUUGGAAUUUGCAGAAUGAACAGACAAAGGAAAGGACUGCAGUUGCUUUCUUACGUGUUGAUGAUGAACACAUGAAAGUAUUUGAGAAUCGUGUGAGGCAGAUCCUUAUGUCGUCAGGGUCUACAACAUUUACAAAGAUUGUCAACAAAUGGAAUACAGCUCUGAUUGGUCUUAUGACUUACUUCCGGGAAGCAACUGUACAUACGCAAGAACUGUUAGAUUUACUAGUCAAGUGCGAAAACAAAAUUCAGACCCGUAUUAAGAUUGGAUUAAAUUCAAAGAUGCCUAGUAGGUUUCCACCUGUCAUCUUUUACACACCAAAAGAAAUUGGAGGACUUGGAAUGUUAUCUAUGGGUCACAUAUUGAUUCCCCAAAGUGAUCUCAGAUACAGUCAGCAGACAGAUGUUGGUGUGACACACUUUAGGAGUGGGAUGAGUCAUGAAGAGGACCAGCUGAUUCCAAAUCUGUACCGUUACAUACAACCUUGGGAGAGUGAAUUCAUUGAUUCCCAACGGGUUUGGGCAGAAUAUGCUCUGAAAAGGCAGGAGGCUCAAGCACAAAACAGGCGCCUAACCCUUGAAGAUUUGGAAGAUUCAUGGGAUAGGGGAAUUCCACGUAUAAAUACUUUGUUCCAGAAAGAUCGGCACACUUUAGCAUAUGACAAAGGGUGGAGAGUUCGUACUGAUUUUAAGCAGUACCAGGUCUUGAAACAAAAUCCUUUUUGGUGGACACACCAAAGGCAUGACGGAAAACUUUGGAACUUGAACAACUACAGAACUGAUGUUAUUCAAGCUCUUGGAGGUGUGGAGGGAAUCUUGGAGCAUACCUUAUUUAAAGGAACAUACUUCCCUACCUGGGAGGGUCUCUUCUGGGAAAAAGCAUCUGGUUUUGAGGAAUCGAUGAAGUACAAGAAGCUGACUAAUGCACAGAGAUCUGGGCUCAACCAAAUUCCCAAUCGUAGGUUCACGCUUUGGUGGUCGCCGACCAUUAAUCGGGCUAAUGUAUAUGUCGGUUUCCAAGUGCAGUUAGAUCUUACUGGGAUCUUUAUGCAUGGGAAAAUUCCAACCUUGAAGAUAUCCUUGAUUCAAAUAUUCCGUGCACAUUUGUGGCAAAAGAUCCAUGAAAGUGUUGUCAUGGAUCUCUGUCAGGUUUUGGAUCAGGAGUUAGAUGCUUUGGAAAUUGAGACUGUGCAGAAGGAAACGAUUCAUCCCAGGAAGAGUUACAAAAUGAACAGUUCUUGUGCUGACAUUCUACUCUUUGCUGCCCAUAGAUGGCCAAUGUCAAAACCUAGUCUUGUGGCGGAGCCAAAGGAUGUGUUUGAUCAGAAAGCAAGCAACAAGUACUGGAUAGAUGUACAGCUCCGAUGGGGAGAUUAUGAUUCCCACGAUAUUGAACGUUACACCCGAGCCAAGUUUAUGGAUUAUACAACAGACAACAUGUCUAUCUAUCCCUCCCCCACAGGGGUGAUGAUUGGUCUUGAUCUGGCGUAUAAUUUACAUUCUGCUUUUGGUAAUUGGUUUCCUGGGUCCAAACCACUGCUUCAGCAGGCAAUGAACAAAAUAAUGAAGUCAAAUCCAGCUUUGUACGUCUUGCGGGAGCGGAUACGGAAAGGAUUGCAGCUUUACUCUUCAGAGCCUACAGAACCUUACUUGUCAUCUCAGAACUAUGGGGAGAUUUUCAGCAAUCAAAUUAUUUGGUUUGUUGAUGAUACUAAUGUGUAUCGUGUUACAAUCCACAAGACAUUUGAAGGAAAUCUCACUACAAAACCAAUUAAUGGUGCGAUUUUCAUAUUCAAUCCAAGGACUGGGCAGCUGUUCCUGAAGGUCAUCCACACAAGUGUAUGGGCAGGACAGAAGCGUCUUGGUCAGUUGGCCAAGUGGAAAACCGCAGAAGAAGUUGCUGCACUUGUGCGUUCUUUACCAGUUGAAGAGCAGCCAAAACAAAUUAUUGUGACUCGAAAGGGAAUGCUUGAUCCGCUGGAGGUGCACUUGUUGGAUUUCCCUAACAUAGUCAUAAAAGGAAGUGAGCUGCAGCUUCCUUUCCAGGCUUGUCUUAAGAUUGAGAAAUUUGGUGAUCUGAUAUUGAAGGCUACUGAGCCACAGAUGGUUCUUUUCAACAUCUAUGAUGAUUGGUUGAAGAGUAUAUCAUCAUAUACUGCAUUCUCUCGGCUCAUUUUGAUUCUUCGUGCACUUCAUGUGAACAAUGAGAAGGCAAAGAUGUUACUGAAACCUGAUACAACGGUCAUUACUGAGCCACACCACAUCUGGCCUUCUCUUUCUGAUGAUCAAUGGAUGAAGGUUGAGGUUGCUCUAAGGGAUCUGAUUCUCUCAGAUUAUGCAAAAAAGAACAACGUGAACACAUCGGCUCUGACACAAUCUGAGAUUCGUGAUAUCAUUCUUGGAGCUGAGAUUACUCCUCCUUCACAACAAAGACAACAAAUUGCAGAGAUUGAAAAGCAGCAUAAAGAAGCAAGUCAGCUGACAGCAGUUACUACUAGGACCACGAAUGUGCAUGGUGAUGAACUCAUUGUCACCACUACUAGUCCUUAUGAGCAAGCUGCAUUUGGGUCCAAGACUGAUUGGCGUGUGAGAGCAAUAUCGGCUACCAAUCUCUACCUUCGUGUCAAUCAUAUAUAUGUGAAUUCAGAGGAUGUGAAGGAAACGGGUUACACUUAUAUCAUGCCAAAGAACAUAUUGAAGAAGUUCAUCUGUGUUGCGGAUCUGAGGACACAAAUUGCUGGUUACUUGUACGGUGUAAGCCCACCUGACAACCCUCAGGUUAAGGAAAUUCGCUGCAUUGCCAUGCCACCGCAGUGGGGAACCCACCAGCAAGUUAAUCUUCCAACGGCUCUUCCCGAGCAUGAUUUCCUCAAUGAUCUGGAACCUUUGGGAUGGAUGCACACACAACCAAACGAACUUCCUCAGCUUUCUCCUCAGGAUCUAACCUCUCAUGCUAAGAUCUUGGAAAGCACCAAGCAAUGGGAUGGGGAGAAGUGCAUCAUUUUAACCUGCAGUUUCACUCCUGGUUCCUGCUCGUUAACUGCAUACAAACUCACUCCAUCUGGUUAUGAGUGGGGACGGGUCAACAAAGACACAGGAAGCAAUCCACACGGUUACCUCCCAACUCAUUACGAGAAGGUCCAAAUGCUUCUCAGUGAUCGGUUCCUUGGUUUCUAUAUGAUUCCUGAUAAUGGUCCAUGGAACUACAACUUCAUGGGGGUGAAGCAUACACAAGGCAUGAAGUAUGGUAUCAAGCUUGGGACACCGAGGGAGUACUAUCAUGAGGACCACCGGCCAACCCAUUACCUCGAGUUUAGCAACAUGGAGGAGGGUGACACAGUGGUGGGAGAUCGUGACGAUAUAUUCACCUAAGUCUGUGUAUCUGGAACGGUGAUGGAAUUCGAGAAUCCUUUUGUUGUAGGCUGUGGAUUUAUAGUGCUGAUGUAAUGUUUUUGGUGAAGGCCUGUAAAUAUUUGAUAGAGGCAGCGUACAUGUUUUUGAUAUGUUAACUAUUUGUAUCGAGGUAUUACCAAGGGUAUGAACUUUAACCAUAUAUCCCAAGUAUUCUCUAGAUAUGGAUCAAUUGCUAUAUUCUUAAUUAUC